CUCACAUUUUGUGAUACACACAAGGUUAGUGUUGCGCGUUUGUAUUACUGAUAGUUUUCUUUGUGUCCAACACUGUUAGCUAUGUCAGAAAUUGCUCCAGCACCAGCCGCCCCUGCUCCGGCUAAAGCUCCCAAGAAGAAGACCGCGGCCAAGCCCAAGAAAUCGGGUCCCAGCGUGUCGGAGCUGAUCGUCAAGGCUGUGUCUGCCUCCAAGGAGCGCAGCGGGCUGUCCGUGGCGGCGCUCAAGAAGAUCCUGCAGGCCGGCGGCUACGAUGUGGAGAAGAACAACUCCCUCGUCAAUAGAGCCCUCAAGAGCCUGGUGACCAAGGAGACCCUGCUACAGACCAAGGGCACCGGCGCCUCGGGCUCCUUCAAGCUCAACAAAAAGGCGACGGAAGCCAAGGAGAAGGCGGCCAAGAAGAAGGCAGCUCCCAAGAAACCAGCGGCAAAGAAAGCGGUUGUCAAGAAAACAACGAAAAAGGUUUCGGCAAAGAAAGCAGCGACACCCAAGAAGACUCCUACGAAAGCGAAGAAACCGAAACCUGUAAAGAAGGCGCCCAAGAGCCCGAAGAAAGCGGCUGCCAAGCCUAAAAAGGUCGUAAAGAAGAGCCCGAAGAAAGCGAAGGCAGCGCCUAAACCUAAAAAGGUGACCAAGGCAGCUAAACCCGCAGCGAAGAAGGCGGCUCCUAAAAAGAAGUGAGCAGUUAAAGCGACGAUGUAACAAUGAACCCAAAGGCUCUUUUCAGAGCCAACA